CAAAGGCGCCGGCCACAGCUCGCAGCGCGUUCUGGGUGCUAGCGCGGCAGACCCAGGCAGUGGGCGGAGCAGCCCAGUUCGAGUUCGGUCUCGGCUUCACUCUCCUGCGCCUCCGCUGUCUCUUGUCGCCACAUCUCUGGGCGUUUGGCGGCGAGUUAACGAGUUUAAAGCCCCGGCUAAGCCAGGAGAGCCGACGCGGUAUCUCACCAUGCCCAACCCUCGUCAGUAAAACCGAAAAUGCAGUGCGAACUCUGCGAGGUUUGAGCCUCGUGGCUCGCCGUCCUGCCACCCCCCCCCCCCCCCCGACGUGGAUACAUUCCCGCUCUUUCUGGCGUGAGGGGGUCAAAGGGCGCGCCGCCGCGCAGGCGCACGGAGCCGAGGCUGCCGCGGCCAUGGGCGAAGCAGGCGGCGCUGAGGAGGCCUCACGGCAGGUGGGAUCUAAAGAAGAAUUUGUGAAAGUCAGAAAGAAGGACCUGGAACGCCUGACGACUGAAGUAAUGCAAAUCCGGGACUUCUUGCCCAGAAUACUAAAUGGGGAAGUGCUGGAAAGCUUCCAGAAGUUAAAGAUUGUGGAGAAAAACCUGGAAAGGAAAGAGCAAGCAUUAGAGCAACUGAGAAUGGACUGUGAGCACUUUAAAGCCCGCCUGGAGACUGUGCAGGCCGACAGCAUGAGAGAGAAGAAGGAGAAACUCGCUCUCCGACAGCAGCUGAAUGAAGCAAAGCAGCAACUCCUGCAACAGGCAGAGUACUGUACAGAGAUGGGGGCGGCAGCCUGCACGCUUUUGUGGGGUGUCUCCAGCAGCGAGGACGUCGUCAAGGCCAUCCUGGGAGGAGAUAAAGCUUUGAAGUUUUUCAACAUCACUGGUCAGACAAUGGAGAGUUUUGUGAAGUCACUGGACGGGGAUGUCAAGGAACUCGAUUCUGAUGAAAAUCAGUUUGUGUUUGCUUUGGCUGGGAUCGUAACAAAUGUUGCUGCCAUAGCAUGUGGUCGAGAAUUCUUGGUUAAUUCAAGUCGGGUGCUGUUGGACACCUUUCUGCAGCUUCUGGGAGACUUGAAGCCAGGACAGUGCACGAAACUCAAAGUGUUACUGCUGAUGUCCCUGUACAACGUGAGCAUCAACCUGAAAGGCCUGAAGUACAUCAGCGAGAGCCCGGGCUUCAUCCCGCUGCUUUGGUGGCUUCUGAGUGGUCAAUCUCCCCUGGAGCUUCAGUUCCACUUGCUGGUGAAUGCUGAUUUUUUUGUAACAGCAGUUUGGAGGUAUAAUUGACAUGCAAUAAACACACGUUUAAGGCAAUCAAUGGAUAAGUUUUGAUGUAAAUAUGCACCUGUCACCACAAUAAAGAUAGUGAAGGUGGCCAUCACCCCCAAAAGGUACCUUGUACCACUUGGUGGUCCCUCCCUCCCAUCCCUCUGCUCCUGUCUUCCCACUCAUUCACCACCUUUUUGCACUAUAAAUUAGUUUUCAUUUUCCACGAGUUUAUAUUCCUGGAUUCCUGCAUCUUGUAUUCUGUUUUGCCUGGCUUCUCUCAUUCAACAUGAUUAUUUUGAGAUCCGUCCGUGUUGUUAUUAUGGACUGAUAAUUGGCUGCUUUUUAUCGCUAAAUAGUGCCCUGUGAUGUGGGUGCACUGCAGUUGCUUUAUUUAUUCAGGUGUUGAUAGACAUUGGGGUUGUCUCUAGGUUUCGGCUAUUAUAAAUAAAACUGUUGUGAACAUUCUAGUAUGUCUUUGCAUGGAUAUAUGUUUUCAUUUCUUUUGGGUAAAUACCUAGGAGUGGAACGUCUAGGUGUAUGGUAAGUGUAUGCUACCGUUUUGCACACCCCCCAGCAGUAUGUCAACUGCUGCAUAACCUUGUCAGUGCUCGCUGGUCUCUCUGUUUAACUUUAGACUUUAGAUCGUGACACCUUACUGUGGUCUUAAUUUGCACUUUUGUUAUGACUAACGAUGUUGAACACCUUUUCAUGUACUAAUUUCCCAUCCAUGUAUCUUCUCUGAUAAGGUAUCGUUUCAUAUCUUUUGCCCAUUAAAAAAAAAUUGGGUUGUUUUGAUUGAGUAUCGAGAGUUCAUUGUAUAUUCUAGAUGCAAAUCCUUUGUCAGUACGUGGUUUGCAAAUAUUUUCUCCCAGUCUGUGGCUUGUCUUUUCAUUUUCUUUAAAGCAUUUUCAAAGAAUGGAAGUUCUUAAUUUUGAUGAGGUUUAACUUGUUCUUUUUCUUUUAUGAAUUGUGCUUUUGGUGUAUUAAUGUUUUAUUUAUUUUUGAGAGAGCAUAAGCAGGGGAAGGGUAGAGAGACGGGGACAGAGGAUCUGAAGUAGGCUCUGCGUUGACAGCAGCAAACCCAAUGUGGGGGGCUUGGACUCAUGAACUGCGAGAUCAUGAUCUGAGCUGAAGUUGGAUGCUCGACUGACUGAGCCACCCAGGUGCGCCUAAAUUUGUUUCCUUUUAAUAGUUCUAAAGUUUUGAGUUUUAUAGAUUUAGGUCUGUGAUCCAUUUUGGAAUAAUACUUGCGUGUGGCAGGAAGUGAGAAUCCCAGUUCUUGUUUUCUGUACGGCUGCUUGGUUGGUAUAAUGCCAUUUGUUGUGAAGGCCACUUUCUCCACCAGAUUGCCUCUGAACCUUUGUUGAAAAUCACAUGACAGUGUAUGUGAGAGCGUGGUUUUGGACUUACUAUUCUGUUCCGUGGAUCCAUUUUUGUCUUUAUGCCAGUAUCAUACUCUAUAAUAAAUCUUACAUCAGGUAAUGUAAAUCCUCCAACACUGUUCUGAUUUUUCAAAGUUUUUUUUUCGUUAUUUCUAAGUUCUUUGUGUUUCCAGAUAAUUUGAGAAAUCAGCAUGUCACUUUCUACCAAAAACAAAUCCUAUUGGGAUUUUUAUCGGGGUUGUGCUGAAUUGACAUUUCAUUUGGGGAGAAUUGGCAUUUUAGCAAUAUUGAGCCUUCCAGUCCAUGAACAUAGUAUAUAUGUCCAUUUAUUUAGUUUUGUUGGAAACAGGGAACUCUCAUGUUUCUUUAUAUCUUAAGAAUAGAGGAACUGACCUCCUUUGUUCCUAGCUGUUUUUGCAAGGAUGCUUGCAUAGUGAGCACCCUUAGUAGGUAGAGAUGCUGUCUAUCUCCAGAGCAAAGGGUGGGCUUGUUUACAAGCAUGCAGUAAGGGUAAUGCUUCCCUCUAGGGCAAAGGUCAGGUAGGCUUACUGCCCAUUAUGAAAGAUCUGGGGUUCCUCCUGUGUAAGGCAACCCAUGGCCUGUUCAUGGCGCUGUAGAAUUGGGUCUCGCUGAACUGGCCCAAGUGUGGAUGUGGCGGUUGCUGGUGAGUAGUGCAGUCCUUUAUCUUGGACUCAGGAGUUUCGAGUCUCUCCUUCCAGCACCCGUGAAACUACAACCUGCUGAGCCGUUAGCUGGCAAGUAGGAUAAAACACCAGACUUCCAUAGUCUCAAGGGCUGUGUUUUGUACAGCGUGAUAACUCCCAGCCCCCAGGGUUGGAUGCUCGACCAGAUAGCUUUUACUCUCUUGAGAGUGUGAAAUAAGGGCUGUGGACUCCAGCAUGUGUCCUGGACCUGACCUAUCAGGUGCCCAUCCAGGCCAGUUGUCAUGGGCACAUCAUGCCCACGAUGCCAGUGGGAGGGGGAGGAGGUGGUGACAAGGAGACAAUAACUAGAUACUUUUUGAGUGGCAGUCACUGUUGUAAAUGCUUUACAUAUAUUCACAGAGUUCAUUCUCUAAAUGCCAUUAUAAGGCAAAUACUGUAACUUCUCUUUUAUAGAUGAGGCAACUAAAGGCACAUAAAGGCGAAGUGACUUGCUCAAGGUUGUAUAGCCGCUGAGUGGAAAGCCUGACAGGUGGGCUCCAGACCCCAUCUCUUGGCCUCCAUGUUGGACUGCUGCUUUGCAGAAGCACCUCAGACAUGGCAGCCUAGUUCUGGGUGCCUCCCUGCCUUUACCUGCCUGUAAGCUGGCUGGGCUUGGCCUUAGACAUGGGGGGUCCUGCAACCAUAUGCUCCUCUCUUUUUAAGCUAGCACCUUCUGUCCGCUGUUUACUUUCUUAUCAAAGGAGGGCCUUAAACGUUCUACAGGGUCCUGUUUAGCUAUGGUACUCCAGAAAUUGUUUGCAGCUGAGAGAGAAUUGUUGGGUCUGAUUUCAAUUUAUACAGCUCUCUAGGCAUGAGCAGUCUGAGUGGCCCUGACGCUCACUGGACACGGUGCUCUUUGACCCGAAUGGACUGUUCUGCUUAAACUUUGGAUUGUGUCCAGUAGGGGACCGUGGUGAAGUUGCCUUAAUGCCACUUUUCCCCACUGUGGCAUCAGUCUUUUCUUGUCUGUGAAGACAACUGUUCUUUUGACACAGUGGACACAACCCAAACCCUAACAAAUCUUUUACAAGGUCAUUUUGCCUGGUAUCUUAGAGCUGUUAUCACAGUCAAACAAAGGCAAGGUCUAGUAAACCCAGGACGUUUGACCCUCGAAUUAUUUGUGGAAUUACUUCAGCUUAAAAAUUGAAAUUUGUUGGGGUGCCUGGGUGGCUCAGUCGGUUGAGUGUCCAACUUCGGCUCAGGUCAUGAUCUCACGGUUUGUGGGUUCAAGUCCCACAUUGGACUCUGUGCUGACAGCUCGGAGCCUGGAGCCUGCUUCGGAUUCUGUGUCCCCCCCUCUCUCUGCCCUGCCCCUGCUGGUGGUGCUCUGUCUCUCUCAAAAAUAAACAAACAUUAAAAACAUUUUUUAAAAACCUUGAAAUUUGUUAUAGAAUCUGGUGCAUAUGAUAGGAAGGUGAAUAUAUUUUCUAUUCUAUAUUUUAUUAUAGAAUAGGAAAAUAGGAACAAAAAUAGUUCCCUGAAAAGUAAUCCAUGCUUCCUGGUGCUCAGUGGAUUUAGUGUGACUGUCAGAGCUCUAGGCUCUUGUAACUGCUUAGAGCUGGGACAGAACCUGAAAACCGGCGUGUUCUAUCCCUUUGUUUUUAGGUAGAUCUGCUCUGUGAAAAUAUACCAGACAAAUAAGAGUCUGUUGUAGUUUUUAGAAGAUCUAGGAAAAUAGAUUUCAUUUCUUCUCUUAAUAAUAGGGUCCUGCUUUUAUCAGCUCUCCUGUUGGGAGAUUUGAUGUAUUUUGAAGAAUGUCGACUUGGGAUGCAUUUGAUUAGAAUUGCGGCUUUUGUACUUGGGAAUUCACCUCACCUUUUAGAAUCCCGCUCUUCUGUUCUGCAAAAUGGAGAUUCCUACCUCAAGAGUCUUAAUGUGUAUUAAAAUGCAGCAGCGCCAGGGCCAACACCUAGCAGAGUCGGUGUGAAAUACGUUGUGCCGCAGGUAAGUCUUUUGUGCUGCAGCGAAAGCUCACUUCCUUUUAUUUCCUUUGACCUAAAGGUAGCAGGUCGCUAGCACGUGUCUGGACUUCCCAACCCAGAGUAUAGAACCGGUUGCUGUGAAUCACCCCUCACCAAACAACCUCGUUUCCUUUAACAUCUGUCGGAUUGCAUUUUCCUUCCCUCUGUGCGCCUCUGUGACUGGCUUUUCCCCAUGCCGUCUCUACAUUCUCAACAUUCCUCUUAAGCUGCAGAGCUGGCAUGGAGAGCUAGUAAACGGCUGGUGAGGACAGGAUGUAUCGGGAUGAUGACCACAGGUUAUGUCACCGUGAGCGCAGACUAGUAUCUUGAUCACUCUUGUAACUCUUCUGCGCUGUGUUUCCUGGCUGUGUGUACGAUGUUGAAUAGGAAGGCACUUGCCUCUGUCUUACAUUUAUUUAGUGUGUGUAAGCAGUGCGAGACACUGAUAAUCCCACCAGGUUUGUAUGUUUAGCCCAGACCUCUGUCCUGAACUCCGUACUCAUAUGUCCACCUGCCUCCUUGGUGUCCCCACGUGGAUAUCUGAGUAAACAUUCAGACCUCUCUGUGCGGACCUUGUCUAGCAGGCAUCCAGACGUCUCCCCGCGGACGUCUAAUGGAUACCGAAACUCCUUGUGUUCAGGCUAAAUUCCUAAUCUUUCCCGACACUGACCUCUUGCCAUGGCCUUCCCAGUCUCUGUUAAUGACAGCUCUAUUUUGAUUUCUCAGGCCUUUAAAAACCUUAUAGUGAAUCUUGUCUCCUUUUCCUUUCACACUCACAUCCAACCUGUAAGGAGAUCUUGAUGGCUCCGCUUUCAAAAUAUGUCCAGAAUCUGACCGCUGUCUACCAACCCCACCUGGCUUUGAGCCUCCAUCAUCUUUCAUUUAAAGAAUUCCCAGCAGCCUCCUACAGAUCUCCCUUCUGUCCUUCCUUGCAGGGCAUGAGUGGGGAGCCAGUGGUAUGAUGGGAUAGAUCCCAGACCAACUCUCCUUAUUGAAAACAGUCAAAAUGUUGAGUGAGACGUAAAAAAAAAAAGUUUUUUAAAUGCUCCUCUGAGCUAGGAAAAAAGUAAUUGUAUCUAAAGCACAAAAAACCAAGCGAAAGUGGGACACCAAAGAAGUUAUAGACCUGAGCUAACUCCUGCCUUGAGGGCAUUUGUCAAAAUGACCUUUAGUUUCCAUGGCCUCCCAGGGUGUGGGGACAAGAAACAAAGCCCAGGUCCCAUCCCAGAUGAGUAGCCUGGUAGGGACUCCCAAAGGCAUUUACCAGCAUUGGAGGGGUAAACUGAGGAUACUCCUCCAACCCUUGGGGACUGCAGGAAAAUUGCUCUCAGGGGAGGUCGUCGAGAGGACACGACUGCUGCUUGAGACCUGGUUGGACCUUGGGAACUGGAGGCUCCUCACCCCCCAUCUCAUUCUCGGAAUGUGCCCUCUGUUGUCUUUCUUGCUCCCAGAAGCCAUCCCAAGAACGUAGCCUGGAGAUGGUGAUGUGGCGUUGAGACUGGAGAGUGUACAUGGCUGAACCCACUUAAGGCCUCUGUGUGAACUUUUUGGGGGGGAAGAUAGAAGUGUUUUUAUGUGUUUAUUUCUUUUAUUUUGUAAAGUUCUUAUUUAAAUUCCACUUAUUUAACAUUCAGUGUCACAUUAGUUUCAGGAUAGCGAUUCAGCAUUUCCGUACAACACCGCGUUCAUUGUGACAAGGGCCCUCCUUGAUCCCCAUCACCUGUUUCACUUUCCUCCACUCACCUCCCCUCUGAUGACCAUCAGUUUGUUCUCUGUAGUUAAGAGUCUGUUUCUUCGUUUGUCUCCCUCUGUUUUUUUUCCUUUGUUUUGUUUCUCAAAUUCCACAUAUGUGUGAAUUCAUAUGGUGUUUGUCUUUCUCUGACUGACUUACUGCAUUUAGCAUUAUACUCUCUGGCUCCAUCCAUGGCAUUGCAGAUUGCAAGAUUUCAUUCUUUUUUAUGGCUGAGUAAUAUUCCUGUGUGUGUGUGGGGGGGGGUGUGGGUGUGGGUGUGUAUACAUAUACAUGUAUAUACAUACAUGUACAUAUACCACAUUUUCUUUAUCUUACUCGGUCGAUGGACACUUGGGUUGUUUCCAUGUUUAGCUGUUGUAGAUAAUGUUGCUAUAAACGUCAUGUGCACGUAUCCGUUUGAAUUAGUGUUCUUGUAUUCUUUGGGUAAGUAGCUAGUAGUGCAGUUGCAAGAUCAUAGGAUAGUUCUACUUUUAACCUUCUAUUCUGGUGGGUGAGUGCAGGGAUCCGCAAAUCUUGUGGAUGGCUGAGACGAGCCUCGUGUGUAAGCUCCCUUUGCUUAUUAAACCUGCCAGCUACCAGGCUGGAGUGGCAGCCUUUCUCUUUGGUCUUUUCCUGCCCUCAGUCUGUAGGGGCUGAUCUCAGAUUGCACCCAGGAAGCUCCCAAGAAGUUGUGAACUGAUAAUUGUCUGUUUGAUCUUUGGCACUGAGCAAACUGGAGGAUAAUCUCUUCUGAGGAUUUACCACCAUAGGUUGGUUUUCAAGCAGCUUUGAAGCCUUAAUUCUCACCUCCUGGGUGGUCCUCAUUUAGAGAACAAUGAAGAUCUUUUCUGGAGAAUUUUUUGAUGUCAACCAAGUCCUUAAAGAAUUCUUACAGAUAAGGUUUUAAGAACCUGAGCUCACAUACUGAAAAUCACAAGAGGCAUGGGAAACAUCAUUAGUAAAUAACACAUUACAUAGACUUGCAGAAGAUUUCAGAUAUAUGAAUUAUUGGGUCACUAUAAAGUAAAUUUAAUGUGUUUUAAGAAAUAAAAGAGGGGAUUAAUAUAUGAGUAAAGAGUAAGACAUUGUAGAAAUGACCAGGCAGAUCUGAAAAAGGACCAAAUAAUAUUUUUGGAGAUAAACAGUAUAAUGAUUGCUAUUAUAAAUUUAUGGGACAGUUUAACACAGAUUAUACAUAGUUGAAGAGAUAAUUAAAUUGACAUAGACAGAUCUGAAGAAGUGAUUGAGAAUGAAGCACAGAGAUGGAAAAUAGGAGCAGAUGAGGGACGUGGAAGAGAGAUGCGAAUUUCACAUGUGACCAACCAGAGUCCGGGAAGGGAGGGGAGCAAGUGGAACAGAAACGACGUUUGAAGGAGUCCUCCAGACUCGUUACUUCAUUUGAGAAGUCUACCUACUUGGAAGCAAGAUAAAUGCAACCUCCCCUCAGAGCCGUCAUAAUGAAAACCACAGAGUAUUGGAGAAGGUCUGAGAGGCAGGCAGACAGCAAACGGUGUGCCUUCAGAGGAGUGGCACUUAGACUGCUGGUUGACCCUGGACAGCGACAGUGUCCCAUCUGAUGCCGAGAGACUAGCUGUCAGCCUGGAUUUGCAGGUCUCCCCCUCCCGCCAGUCUCUUUCAGAGCAGGGGUGAGAUGGAGACGUUUCAGACAAACAAGAACUGAGGCUUCAUCUCCACAGACCUUCCCAGGGUGUGCUUCAGGAGGAGGGUCCUCUCAGACGGAAAGUAUGCAGGAGAGAAUGAGGGCCAGAGAGAGUGGCAGAUGUGGGGAUAAAUCGAAGUAGGCGUGGACUGUAUGGAACAAAGCCAACAAAACCAAAGCGAUAGAAUUAGAAACACCAAGAGCGGAACAGUGGCACGUGUCCUGGGUGGGCGAUAGGCUGAGUUACAGCAUUAUGAGUCCAGUGCUGUCCAGGAGGAGAGCAGUAGUGAUGGCUCAUUUCAGACUUUGAUAACACGCAGCUUAAAUUUCUCGGGUAACGUGUAGAUAAUAGAAACAGAACAUACACCUGUAAAUAAUAUGAAUACUGGAUAAAAUGGAAGGUGAAAAGGAAUUCAGAAGAUGGCGAGAGAAAAAACAAAAAAAGAAAAGAUAUGCUGGCAGCAUUCAAUCCAAGUAUAUGCGCAAAUGGACUAAAUGACUCGUAAAAGGUAGUAAUGUUAGACUGGAUUGAAACUAUCAGAAUCAACAAAAUACAUGUUGUUUAUAUAGUUCCAUCUAAAACUCCAUAGUAUGUCAAUGGUUCAGAGUAAAAGGAAGACAAUACGAGGCAUAUUCUUAUCAAUUCAUCAGAAGGCUACAACAAUUGUGAAUUUCUCUAUGCACUUCCUAAUAUAGUCUCAAAACAAAAAACUGUAGCGUUCUGGGUUAUAAAGAAAGCAUGUCUCAACAAAUUUCAGAUGAUCAGAAUCAUGCAGAAUAUCUUCUCUGGCCACAGUACAAUGAAGCUGGAAAUUAGUGACAAAAACAUGAGUAAAAUUAAGUAACCUGUGAGUAGAAGGAAUCGUAGUAUCAGUCAGAUAUUUUGAACUGAAUAAUAGAAAUAUUACAUAUCAAAAAUGGUGAAAUGCACCCAAAUAAGCAUUUACUAGAAAUUGUAUUAGUUUAAGGAGGAAAGCAGAAGAUUAAUGAACUAAACAUGUAGCAUAAAGAUUUAAAAAAAAUUGAAACAACCCAAAUAAAGUCCAAGGAGGAAAUCUAGAAAAACGUAGAAAUUAAUGGGCUUUACCAGGCAGGUUCCACAGCACAUUUGAGCCAGUAGUGGGAAGAACCAGCAGACUGAGAGCUAGAUAAAUAGAGAGUAUCUGGUCUGGAGAAUAGAAACAAAAACGAGUGAAGAAAAUGAUCAAGCUCAGAGGCCUGUGGGACAUUAUCAGACACACCAAUAUGUGCACAGUCCUGAAGGAAAUUCAAGAGAGAGAGGAACAGAAAAAAAUUAUUUGAACAAAUAAUGUCAGAAAACUUCCUAACUUUGAUGAAAACAAGUCUACAACAUCCAAGAAGUAUAGUGCGCUCCAAGUAGGAUAAACACAGAUCUACAUCUAGACGAAUCCCAGUCAGACUGUUGAAACUUGAGACAAAGAAAACAUCUUGAAAUCAGCAAGGGAAAAACAUGUAUAAGAGAACCACAGCAAGAUUAACAGCUCUCUGCUUGUCAGAAACAGUGGUCAUGAAGCAGAGGGAUGAGGUUUUCAAAGUUCUGAGAGACUGUCUACUAACAAUUUUGUGUCCAGCUAAACUAGUCUUCAGAAGUGAAGGCAAAAUGCAUUCCUGGAUAAACCAGGUCCAAGGGAUUUUAUUGCUGGCAGACCUUCUUUACCAGAAAGAAAGUUCUUCAAGCUGGGAGAACAUGACAGCAGAACAUAACGCCAGUCCUUGCCACGUGCCGAGUGUGAUACCUGGGGAGGGCUGGUGUUUCGGAGCAACUCUGUUGAAACUGUUGCUUGAAAGACUCCUAGCAGAAGUGAAAGAUCUUAUCCCACUUCUGGGUUAUUUACCCAAAAGAAUGAAAAACAGGAUCUUGAAGAGGUAUUUGGAUAGCCGUGUUCACUGCAGCAAGAUAUGGAGGCAACCAGAAUGUCCACUGAUGGAUGAAUGGUUACAGGAAAUGUGGAGUAUACACGCAGUGGGAUGUUUUUCGGCCAGAGAGAAGAAGGACCUUCUGACACCUACAACAUGGUUGAAUCUUGAGGACGUGAUGCUCGGUGAAGCAAGCCAAUCCCCAAAGACAAAUUCUGCAUGAUUCCACUCAUAGGAGGCGUGUAAAGCAGUCACACUCACAAACCGGAAGUAGAACCGUGGUUGCCAGAGGCAGGGGAAGAAGGAUUAAUGGAGGCAGUGUCCGUUCUACAAGAUGAAAAGAGUCCUGGAGACGGAGGUGACGGCCGCAAAGGCUGUGAAUGGACUUAGCACCGCUGGACCGCACACUUGAGAAUGGUCAACAUGGUAAAUUUUAUGUAAGUUUUACCACAAUUAAAAAAACUGUUUGAAGUGUCCAUCGUACAAGUGUAGUAGAACAACGUGGGACGAUAGUUGUAGUGUAUCAUUGCCCAGGGAAAGUAGCUUCCCCAGAAUGUGUAAAUAUGACCUCGUUUGUAUUAUACAUAGAAACAUAAGAAAUCCCCACAACUUUGAAUAUCCCCCUCAUCUGUCCGUGUUUCCUCUUCCCACUUGUCUUGGAGGCUCAGCUCAGGUUGUACCUCUUAGGAGGCCUCUGCUGCUGCCCCGGUCCACGUGGAGCUCUCUCUGCUCUGGUUUCCCAUCUUACUUAGAGACAGUUUCACAUUUUCUUGUUCUUUUGUGUCACAAAUGCCAGUUAUCUCCAACUAGACCGUUGC